UUUUCUUUUUCUCUAUAGGAAGCUUCUGAGGCUGUCACAACUAAUAAAACACAUGAACAAAGGCUUGUUGAUUACAUCUCUUUCAGAAUACCUGAGGAUUCAUUCUCAACUAUCAGAAAUUGCAUAGGCAUCGCUAGGGGUUUUAUGCAUGAUUUGAGCAGUGUAAAGAAGGGAAAUGCCUCACUGGAAGCUGUCUUGUUAUCGGUUCCUGAUGGCUACCACUGCGUGGAUCUCUGUCUAUAUAAAGAAAGUCAAAUCGUACUAUUAUUAAACGAAUCAACUACCAGUUCUGAAAGCUCCAGUAAUGGUUGUAUGAUGAUUGUACAAGCGAGUGACCUUCCCUUUGUAUCAAUUUCAAGAUCCACUGGUCUAAACUGUUGGAAUCUGCAUGAAUUGAAGGACUCUGUCAUGUACCUGCAGAUGGAGAAUGAAAAGGUUCGGAAUAUUCCUCACUCUGUGGUUGCUCCCUUGGCAGUCAGUGCAUCCAGGGGUGUGGCUUGUGUUUUUGCUGCCAGAAGGCGUGCGUUGGUCUAUAUUCUGGAAGAAGAUGAAGAUGAAGUAUCCGAUGCAGAGUGAUUGAAUUAUUAUUGUAUUAUUUCUCAUUUUAUUAUUAUUAUUAUUAUUUUUUUGGGUUUUUUUUUUGUUAUAAUCAACUUGUGUUUUUCUCACUCUUUGUGGGUUUGUAUUUUUACUUUUUUUUGUAUGUAUGGUAACUGUUGGUACAAUUUUCAAGAAAUAUGUUAAACAAUUUUAAAAUAGGAACAAAAAAUGAAAGAGUAUAAUCAUUUUACAUUCUAGCA